UCUUUCUAGCUGUUUUUUCUCCCCCAGUAAUAAUCUUCCUUUCAUUCUCGGCAGGUGACAGGAGGGCGGCUUACUGCAGGCUGGUGGCGAUGCCUUGAUCAGGAUGAUCUCGCAGAGGGAAAGAGGCGAACUGGCUCGAUUUUACACCGUCACGGACCCGAAAAAGCACAAAAAGGGAUACACGGUUUAUAAAGUCACAGCCAGGAUCAUCUCGAGGAAGAAUCCUGAAGACGUACAGGAGAUCACGGUGUGGAAGCGAUACAGCGAUUUUAAGAAGCUGCACAAAGACCUGUGGCAGAUCCACAAAAACCUCUAUAGACAGUCUGAGCUCUUCCCACCGUUCGCCAAGUCCAAAGUCUUUGGCAGGUUUGAUGAUUCUGUGAUUGAGGAGAGGAGGCAGUGUUCAGAAGAUCUUCUACAGUUCAGUGCAAAUAUUCCAGCUCUUUAUGCUAGCCAGUACAUACAGGACUUCUUUAAGGACGGAGAGGUGCAGGACGGUUCUGAGCUAAUCGGGCCAGCAGAACCUUUUUCAGACUUCUUAGCCGACAGCCAGUCAGACAGCAGCUCUGAAGUUCAUAAGAGCAUUGGCGGCGUGGAUGAUUCGACCCUUACCAGUCAGUCCGAGUAUGGAGGUCCAUCCAGUGACAGUGAUCUGAUUUCUCUGCUGGUGGAUGGAGACUCCCUGCCCGAUUUGGAAGAUGGAAUGGGCUCAACCUGCGGUUCACCAAACCAGCGGGCGGGAGGCAGUGGACGUUCCGCGUCCCCAAGUCGGACAGAGGUAGACACGAGGCGGGCCAUCAGGGCGACGAUUUUCUCCUCCAGUCACCCGAAGACUGAUUACCUGGAAAAAGCUAGUGAGCAGAUCAGCCUUGCUUUGCAGAAAGAGGUGGAGCAAGACUACGCUUCUGCCUUCUUCUGCUACCGCAGUGGAGUAGAUUUACUGUUGCAGGGAGUCCAAGGCGAAGCGAGUCCGCGUAAGAGGGAAGCCGUGAAAAAGAAGACAGCCGAGUAUCUGAUGCGCGCCGAGCUCAUCGCUAACACGUACCUGAGAGACAGCAUGGGACAGAACUCCACUCAGAACCGGACGCUGGCUGCUCAGUGCUGUAAGGGGUCGUGGGGUCAGCAGAGCCAGGCUGAUGAAUUGCACAACUUCAGAGUGCUGGGGGUCAUCGACAAGGUGCUCCUGGUCAUGGAUAAGAGGACGCAGGAGAUGUUUGUCCUUAAGGGAUUACGGAAGAGCAGCGAGUGUGGCCGUGUGAAGAAGACGGUCAUCCCCCGCUCCGUGCCCAACAUGGUCCGGCUCAGGAAGUUCAUCGUUUCCGAGGACUCCGUUUUCCUGCUGCUGCAGUAUGCCGAGGGUGGUAAAUUAUGGUCGCACAUCAACAAGUACCUGCAUGAAGGUAGUCAAGAAGACAGCUUUGACAUCCCCUUUAUCCAGAAGUCCCACACGACAACAGUUCACUGCCCCGAUGCCUUGAUCAGCUCAGAGAGCAGCGGUUCACGGCCCAGCGUGGAGCUCAGGGAAGACCAGGAGGAAGACGAGUCCCAGCCGAUUCUAUCAAUCCAGAGCGAGAGCAGCUCCCAAGCCCCUCUGUCUGGCUCUCCAGAUGAAGAAGAGUGCACCAGCAGCUACCUGACCCUGUGCCAUGAGUAUGAGCAGGACAAAGUGGAGCCUGAGGAUCUGGGUGAGGAAGAAGAAGGUGCAAAAGAGGCAGAGGAAGAUUCUGCUGAUCUCGAAGGCAACGGUUCUGGUGCUGAGGCAUUGCCGAGGUCGUAUCGAGGCUCGGUAAUAAGCAGCGAUAGUUUGAGCUCUCCUGGUGGCGGGCAUGAGCUGCGCUUCUUUACCGAAGAAGUUGACGACCAUGUUGACCCGCCCACUCUUAAUUCUUUGGACCAGAUGAAACGUUCACCCAUGGAGCUGUUUCGGAUCGACAGCAAGGACAGCGCUGAUGCUUCCAGAACGCUGUUCUCCACCUCAGACGUGGGCUCUGAAGUCACAGAGGAUCCUUUGGAGAUUGGUGAGGUAGUGGAGGUUAAAGGUCACCUCUCUGAUCUGUGGCGGUUUGACAGUGAUCAGGGAUCUAAUGAAUCCGUGCCUGUGAUUUCUUUCAAAGAAGCCAUGGCAGGGGAUUUAAACACGUCCUGUAUUGACGAAGGACAACCUCCGGACCUUUUGGUCAACCUUCCUGGGGUCACAGGGGUAACAGGCGAUGAUCUGGAAGAGGAGCUUGAGGCGGCGGGUGUGGCUUUUGCUGUAGAAGCCAAGCCCUCACCUCAGUUUGGCAAACCAGAUGUACUCCAGCUUGGGGAGGAGGCAGGCGUAGAACUAUCUGUUGAGGAGCGUGUCUCAGUUUUACGUAGCCAAUCAACUCCAGAAGCAUCUGAACGGAAAGGCCACACCUUUUCCAUCGACAGCAAGACAGAAUCUCAGACACAUUCUCUUCCCUUUGAUUUUCUUACUUUCAGGACUGAAACUGACCCCACUCCGACAGCACCCUCUGCAGGGUUAGAGGUUACGGAAAAGAAGAAAGGCAGGAGCGUUUCGGAGAUAUUCCGAGAGCUGGACGAGUUGGCCGAGGUGGCACUGCACACACACCUGCCUGAGGCUCUAGUAAGGAGCUGGGGGGUGGACAUGCUGCUCGCCCUUGACGCUCUGCAUCAAGAGGGAAUCAUCUGUAGAGACCUUAACCCCAACAACAUAUUGCUGGAUUACAGAGGUCAUGUCGAGUUGACUUACUUCUGUAGCUGGUCCGAAGUGGAGGAGUCUUGCGAUCCUGCUGCCAUCGCCAAGAUGUACUGUGCACCAGAAGUGGGCGGGAUUUCGGAGGAGACGGCAGCGUGUGAUUGGUGGAGUCUUGGAGCGCUUCUCUUUGAGCUUCUAACAGGAAAGUCUCUUCAGCAGUGCCACCCCGCUGGUAUCAGCAGACACACGUCACUGAACAUUCCAGACUUCGUGUCAGAGGAGGCCAGGUCUCUGCUGGAACAGUUGCUGCAGUAUAACCCUGUAGAGAGACUGGGUGCAGGUGUAGGAGGGGUGGAGGACAUCAAAUCACAUCCCUUCUUUGCUCAUGUGACCUGGCCCAACUGAACUGAACUGGUCAGAGGUGAAGUCACCAGUAUGACUGACUGAACUCAAAGCGGUAUUGCUGCAAAACUCUUCCUGUGUUGCGUGUGUUAGCAUAAGAGGAAGAAACCGAAUCGUCUUUCUGCACUGAAGACUCAGCACACACCAAUAUUCAGGAUACUUUCCCAUCAUGCACUACAGGUCCCUCACAUCACUAUUACCAUCACGAUUAAUUACAGUGCUCUCCUUUUACCUUCAUCACAGUAGUGUCAGAUCAUGAUGAUAAAAUUUCAUAUGGUUGUGCCAUUAAAGAAAAGGUUGGACGAUGUAGAAAAUUAAAACCUGUUUGUUUGGAGCUAUGAAGGCUAAUGUUGCUAACAACUAAUGGAAGCUUAUAGUUAGCAGUUUAGCAUCGGGGUACUGCUUAAAUCAAAACCAGAAAAGCAAUAUCACGUGGGAAAAAAAUAAAAUAAAACGUUUAACAAAAUACCAGAAUAGGUGCAUAUUUACAAAACAAGUUCUUUAUUGUUAACCUUUACACCACACCCUCUGCUAAACUUUAUUUUGCCACUUUGUUCUGUUAGUUGUUCAACAGGGAUUCAGUACUUUAUAAUAGUACAUAUUUAUUUUUUAUACACAACAGCUGCUUGAAUUUCUAACACCUAAUGUAACUUUACCUGUCCACUAAUUUCAGUUUGUUUUUUUAAGUUAGGAAGUUAGCGAGCUAGCAUGUUAGGGUGUGACAAACAGUUGCAAGUCAUUAUGUCACUGAAAGAUCAGUGUCUAAACCAAGAAGAUAAGUGUAGGUGAGUGGAAUUUCAUUCAUCAUAUAGCAUAGCGGUAUGUAAACAACACGUGACUAGCUAUAGGCUUUUCUUACUUGGUAUCUACAUUAGCCACAUAGCUUUAGUGAAAAACUAAAGAAGAAAAGAAUUAAGCGGAAAUUUAAAUUUUUUUGAGGUAAAAAAUUUAAGUUUUCCAAAAGUAGGAUCUUUAGUUAAAGUAGGAAGUAAUGUAUGGCUGUAGUUUUUCCUGGUCAAAAACGUUAGUUUUUAUCUUACAGGUUCACUUUGUGUGUUUUACAAAAAAAAAAAAAAAAGCAUAGAAAAAAAAUUCAAAGAUCAACUCAAGAGUCCGACUUGCUCCAGGAAACACCUUGUGCAAUAUUACAUUAAACAUCACUUAAUUAGAUCAUAGCCAAUUUUAGUUAGUAUUUUAUUAUUAAUAUUACAUUUAAAUGUGCUAAUUUUUUCCUGCACUUGAACUAGGUCAAAUUGUGAACAAGUCCUAAAUUUGGUGUAAUUAUGUGAAUUAGAUGAUGAAUAUUGAAGACCGUGCAGUUAUCAUGCUCUCAUGACCCUUAUUAGCUUCCAAUUUGCACUUGUAGUAGGAAAGAGGACUCAAGGGGUCCAAAAUUUGAAUAAAAUUCUUAAAAUAGUUGAAGCAUUCAGUUCCAAAGAUCACUGGACCACCCACCCCCCCAAAAAAAACAGGAAUUCAACAAGUCUGCAUGGACGCGAAACCCAAUAUGGACAUAAUGGUACAGUAUGUGUUAGAAUACAACAGGGUCUUAAAUUCUGAGUCAUACAUUAAACCCACAACUAAGGCACAACUUUUUUUUAUUUAUUCUUUAAUUAUUAAAUUAUUGUGCAGGUUAAAGAGAUUUUAGUGUACAUUCUUACACCUAUACAUAAAAUGUAUGUAUUUAUGUAUGAACAUAUGUAACAUGCUUUUAAAAGGUAAGGUAACUAAAUGUUUCUAAAUUUAACAGCUACAAAAAAAGAGCCUUAAAUACAAAUGUCAAAGUGUUGUCAACGUUAUUGCUAUCUUUUAAUACACACACUGACAAAAGUCUUGUCCUAUCCAGGUUGUAGGAUCAACAAAUAAUAACUUGACUUCUAGUUGAUCAUUUCACUAGUUCAUUUGGAAUCAGAAGUGACAAUAAUACUGUAUAUUGCACAUCAUGUACAUGUCACAAAGUUAAUUUACUUUUCUUAAUUAACUGACUCAGACUUUGGGAUCCUGGUGUAGAUCAGUGUUUUAUGGUUUACAGUUGUAACAAUGUAUGUGUGUAUAUAUUUACGAGUAUAUGUUUACUUGAGUUUGCUCAAAGAAAAGUGUAAAUGUUUCAUGUGAAUAUAAAAGGAAAAAAUUUGGAAUGCUGUGAAAUAAACAAAAUAAUUCCUGAUACUUAGGCAUUAAUAAAUUAAUGUUGACUCAA